AUGCCCGAGAGGGAGCUGCGGUCAGCGGGGCGGGGCUCGGAACCCGUGACCCGAAGACUCGGCAACUGUGACAGUACCAUGAACACCACCUCCGCCCACUCGGGAUCUAGUGACAGCAGUUACGACUUCCUGUCCGCUGAAGAGAAGGAGUGCCUGCUGUUUCUGGAAGAGACCAUCGGCUCUUUAGACACUGAGGCUGACAGCGGACUGUCCACUGAGGAGUCGGAACCAGUCACUACUCCCCAGGCUUCCCGUGUACUACCUCCAACCCAGCCUCCGCCUCAGGCAUAUCCAGAGAAAACCAUCAUUCAGCAAGCACCGGAACCAAGGAGAGAGACUCAGCCCAGCUCAUCCCAAGCCUCUGAGCCUCAAGGUCUGAACUUUAAGUCUGGCUCACACAGCCUCCCCAGAAAUAUCCACAUUAGCAGAAAGCAGGCGUCCACGAAAAGCACUGCCCAGGCCAAAAGCCACAUCCCUGGAGAGUCUGAGGGGCUCAUACCAGAACCUGAGAGCAAGGGUGAGCCCAUCCAGGUACCCACCAGUGCCCGGGAGGCUACACUCAAUUUGGACGUGGUGCUCAUCCCCCCACCAGAGGCCUUCCGGGAUACUCAGUUCAAGGGGUGUGGAGAAGACAGCCUUCCUGAGGGGCCAGGGCAGUUGAGCAGCACACCCAAGUUCCACACGUCCUCCAGUCCCCAGAAGAGAGUCGAGCCUUCUUCAGAGACCAUGUCCCAAAAAGCCAAUAAGAACGGCUCAGCAGGUGGCCCAGGACAACCCCAGCCUUGCUCUGCCUUGCCAUCUCAGAAUGCUAGAGCUGAAGAAGCUCCUCUCGCAUCUGCGGGAGAGCCAAAUGCCCCUCUGGUACCCCUCACAGCCCCUAAGCCCCGGAAGCUGCCACCUAAUAUUGUGCUGAAGAGCAGCCGAAGCAGCUUCCACAGUGAUCCACAAAACUGGCUGUCCCGUCACUCUGAGGUGGCCCCUGGAGAUUCUGGUCUGCUCCCUGCUUCAGUGCAGGAGCAGAGGAAAGCACGCAGACAAGCCCUGGAGAAGCUGGGGCUACCCCAGGACCAAGAUGAGACCAGCCUCCACUUAAGUAAGCCCACCAGCUCGCUCAGACUCAAGGAGUCUCCUGCCCGUGCCACUGCCCUGGCGCCAGCUCCAGCGCCCACCCAGAUCUCCACAGCUGUCCCUGCUUCAGGAAAGGCUCCAGCUCUGACUCCCCCUCUAGUUCGAGGGCCUUCUCCAAUGAAAGCUCUGGCUCCAGCUCAAGGACCUUUUCCCAUGAAGGAACCAUCUCCAGGAAAGACUGCAGCUGCCAAAUCCAUGCCAAUUCCCAUCCCUGCAGCCACAAGGGCGAAUAGUCCCCUGAGUCUGCCGAAGCCUGACACAGGGCUGACCCUCCAGGACAGCCACAUUCCUGGCCUGAGACAGAUGAGCUUCAAGUCCAAAACUCUGGAGCGUUCAGGCGUAGGGCUGAGCAGCUACCUCUCAGCCGAGAAAGACCUCAGUCCCAAAACCAGCUCAUCUCUGGAAAAGGGCUCCUUCUUGGACAAGAUCUCACCCAGCAUCUUGCGUAAUUCCCGGCCCCGCCCUGCCUCCUUGGGCACAGGGAAGGAUUUUGCAGGUAUCCAAGUGGGUAAGCUGGCUGAUCAGGAGCAAGAACAGAACUCCAAGCGUUUUUCCUUCUCAGGACAGAGCCGUGACAAACUGCCUCGACCCCCCUGUGUCAGUGUCAAGAUCUCCCCAAAGGGCGUCCCAGAUGAGCACAGAAGGGAGGCUCUGAAGAAGCUGGGGUUGUUGAAGGAGUAG